AUAGACGCUUCAUUGACAUGAGGAACGCGCCUUUCUCUCUCUCGGAGGCUAAUUGGCUGCGACUCUGGACUAAUCAAAUCCCCCCUCUCUGACGUCAGACAGGUGCUGGCUGAGGCAACACUGAUACCCAGACCCGGCUAUCAAUUGUUCAAGGAGAAUGGUGAGUCACCAAAGCGGCGCAGUAACGCGGAGAGAGGCUCUAAAACAUCUCUCUUAACACUGUGCUCCUUCAGAUACUGCCGGUACUGCUGCCACAGCAGAAGCGCGCUGCACGGUGGUCCGUUUUUGAGCCGUUAGGUCUGGGAUUGGGGGACCCCUAAGAAUCUUCGCUUCCACCAGACAAAACUCGGACUACACGAACUCCCCUUGAAUGGUCGGUGAACGGUGGUGUCCUUUAUUUUCGAGUCCAGGUACCGGAGGUGGCCAUGAAUGAAAACUUCUCCAAGAGCUCAGGGGAGAGUGAGCAGGGCAUCUGGCUGGAGUCAGCUGAAGAUGGAGGGUCCUUAGAUCUAACUUCAGUACCAAGGGAGCCCAUGCUCAACCCCUGGGAUGUGGUGCUUUGCAUUUCGGGCACAGUCAUCGCCUGCGAGAACGCCAUCGUUGUGGCCGUGAUCUUCUACACACCAUCCCUGCGCACGCCCAUGUUCUUGCUGAUCGGGAGCCUGGCGACUGCGGACCUGCUGGCUGGACUGGGACUGAUCCUCCACUUUGUCUUUCUGUACUGUGUGCAGUCAGAGGCGGUAAACCUCAUCACUGUGGGACUGCUGGUGGCCUCCUUCACGGCCAGCGUCAGCAGCCUCCUGGCCAUCACCAUUGACCGCUACCUCUCCCUCUACAAUGCCCUGACCUACUACUCUGAGCACACGGUGACCAGGACUUACAUCAUGCUCAUCCUCACCUGGGGGGUGUCAUUGUGCCUGGGGAUGCUCCCUGUUGUGGGCUGGAACUGUCUGAAGGACACCGCUUCCUGCAGCAUCGUCCGCCCACUGACCAAGACCAACCUGGUCAUCCUGUCCGUGUCCUUCUUCAUGGUCUUUGCUCUCAUGCUGCAGCUCUACGCCCAGAUCUGCAAGAUCGUGUGCCGCCACGCCCAUCAGAUAGCCCUCCAGCGCCACUUUCUCCCCACCUCCCAUUAUGUCACCACGAGGAAGGGCAUCUCCACACUGGCGGUCAUCCUGGGCACCUUCGCCAGCUGCUGGCUCCCCUUCGCCAUCUAUUGCCUGCUGGGGGACUAUACCUACCCUCCCAUCUACACCUAUAUCACCCUUCUUCCUGCCACCUACAACUCCAUGAUCAACCCCAUCAUCUAUGCUUUCCGCAAUCAGGAGAUCCAGAAGGUCCUGUGGGCAGCCUGCUGUGGCUGUAUGUCCUCCAAAUUGUCCUGUCGCUCCCGGUCCCCCAGUGACGUGUAGCAGGGGGUGCCCUUGAGUUCACCUUGGCGCUGUACCCCAUGGGUCACUCUCUCAGGUACCCCAAGUGCCAUUGCACUCCGAUUGCAACGGGCACACGAGGGAGAGUUUCCUGGCAAACCCUGUCAGUGAAGCAGACUUCUAGGAACCAUAGAAAUGUGAAAAGGAUAAAGGAGGGGAGGUGACCAUUCACAGGGAAUGAAGAAGACAGCACUCAGAUUGGGUGCAAGGUAUUCUGCAUUAUGGGCGAUGGUGGGGGCACAGGACCUUCUUCAAAACUGUUUCUCGAAACGUAUGCCUGUGAAGAAUCCAAUUGUGAAUUUCCAUGUUUCUUGUUCAACUGGAGAGAUUUUUUUACAUUAUUUUUCAAGAAGUGAGUGGAACGUUAAACAGCAUGCGGAAUGAUGCCUGAUUGGUAGGGUAGUAGGAGGAGGUUAUAUUGGGAAAUACACUGUGUGCCAACUAAACCUACUCUGCAAAUUUAUCAUGCAAAAUGUGUCCGUUCCUCAAGCUACUCUGUAGUUUCUCUGCAGGACCUCUGGGUGGUCAAAUUGCUACAAAGAGUAUAUUUCUAGUUUUGAAACUCUCAGUACCGUAAAUCCAGAAUGAGCACUAAUGUCAAAACUACCUCACAUUCAUUCAAGGUAGUCCAUCACCAGUGCUAAUUAGGGUCUGAGGGAUAUAGGGUGAAGGUGGUCUAUUCUCCCUUUUACAGAAAGUAGAAUAGAGAUGAAAAGAGAAACUUUGGGAUUUUCUGUCCUGGUACAGUUUGCUCCUGGAAAAGACUUGGGCAUAGGUCAGAUCAUAUUUAAACAAACAUCCAAGUGUCUGCAUCACAGUUGUGACUACCCACUGAAAUACUAAUGCUUUCUGAAUAUGGCCAAAUUGUUCUGCAGCUCUUCUGAGGUGGGUUAAAACACAGAUGUUUAUCUUUACCAUCCUGUCUUCUGGGGACAGAAACAGAAAAUUGAAAGCAAAGUUAAUCUUUUCUUUUAAAGUCUUCUAACACUUCAGUGUGGUGAAACCACACCGAGCUAACGUGACUCAGAAACGUAUAAAACGACUUACUGAUCAUCACGCAUCUCACCCACUUCCGCAACACUUUACUGCCAGAGAUGUCGAGCCUUGAGCGCAAUGCAAUCCUCCGACUCUCAGCUGCCCUCUACUGGUCUGAGGCGAGCAAAGCAGCUAGAACAAUUAACAUUAAUCAGGGCCAAAAUCACAGACAAUCUCGCCUUCAUUAGCGCAUUGAAAAGAGUACUGUGGCUUUUAACUCGUGCCUAAUUCUGAAAGCCAAACACUCUGAUAUUCAGAGAUCCUUAAAAAUCAUUUGCACUAUAAUAUAUUUUGAGAUAAACAUUAUUUAUUGUGGAAAACAUUUAUGUACAUAAUAUCUAUUAAUGUCCUGUCAGUGGCCAAAUUCUAAGAGCUAAAGAAAAAUAAUAUGGCAAUUUAUGUUAGUGUGUGGUACUGUACUAAAAAUUGCACAAAAGUUUAAUGCUUAAAGGCACUUUGGAGAUGAACUCGGUACAUAAUGUUGCACAACGUGAAAUAUGUUAAUGUAUGAAAAUGUUUUAAUGAGAAUGUAUUAUGUUCUUCUUUACAAAUGAGAAUAAAACCUAAUUUUAUAUUA